AUGGCCAAAGAUUAUUACAAGAUCCUCGGCCUGUCCAAGGAUGCCUCUGAAGGAGAUAUCAAAAGGGCCUAUAGAAAUAUGGCCCUCAAGUAUCAUCCAGACAAAAACAAAUCGGAUGAUGCCGAGGAAAAAUUUAAAUUAGUCGCAGAAGCUUACGAGGUUCUGAGUGACAAGAAGAAGCGAAAUAUCUAUGACCAGUUAUACAUAACAAUGAAGGCAACGAGGUCUCAAGUGUCGACCCGAAAGGGUGAUGACGCUCUCUUCAACAUAAAUGAUUCUAGUGACAACAACGAUUACGAGUAUAACAAAGAUACCAAAAUACUGGUGAAUAUUGUCAACUAA